GGCGAUUGCGGCUCGCUCCUGCUCCUCCCCUCUUCUUGCGGCCUCCCGGAGGUCUGCCCAGCUCCUGUGCUCUCCCGUGAAAUGUGGAUGACGCCCAAGAGGAGCAAAAUGGAAAUCGACGAGUCUCGGGGCUUCCGGGCCGAGUGGACCCAGCGGUACCUAGUGGUGGAGGCUCCGGAGGGCGAGGGCGCCCUGUGCCUGGUGUGUCGCCGCCUGGUCGUAGCCACCGGCGAACCCGACGUCAGGCACCACUACGAGGCCGAGCACGACUAUUACGAGCGGUAUGUGGCGGAGGGCGAGCGCGCGGCCCUGGUGGAGCGUCUGCGUCAGGGCGACUUGCCCGAGGCCGCCCCGCUCACUCCGGAGGAGAGAGCUGCUCGUGCAGGUCUCGGGCUCGCCCGCCUCUUGGCCUUGAAGGGUUGUGGCUGGGGCGAGGGGGACUUUGUGCACCGGUGCAUGGAGGUGAUGCUGAGAGAUGUGCUGCCCGAUCACGUAAGCGUUCUGGAUGGCAUUGAUUUAUCUCCGGAGAUCACGCGGCAGAGGGUCCUGGACAUUAACCAAAAUCUACGCAGUCAGCUUUUUAACCGAGCCAAGGACUUUAAAGCCUAUUCCCUUGCCUUGGACGACCAGGCUUUUGUGGCCUAUGAAAACUACCUCCUGGUCUUUGUCCGCGGCGUAGGCCACGAUUUGGAGGUGCAAGAAGAGCUUCUGACCAUAAUCAACCUGACUCAUCAUUUCAGUGUUGGUGCCCUCAUGGCGGCAAUCCUUGAGGCCCUGCAGACGGCAGGGCUUAGCCUGCAGCGGAUGGUUGGACUGACCACGACCCACACUCUGAGGAUGAUUGGUGAGAACUCAGGACUGGUGUCAUACAUGAGAGAAAAGGCUGUAAGCCCCAACUGUUGGAAUGUGAUCCAUUAUUCAGGAUUUCUUCACUUGGAACUGUUGAGCUCCUACGAUGUAGAUGUUAAUCAGAUCGUAAAUGCCAUAUCUGAAUGGAUAGUUUUGAUUAAGACCAGAGGCGUUAGGCGGCCGGAAUUUCAGGCUUUACUAACUGAAUCUGAAUCAGAGCACGGUGAAAGGGUUAAUGGACGCUGUCUGAACAAUUGGCUUAGAAAAGGGAAGACUUUAAAACUAAUAUUUUCCUUAAGAAAAGAGAUAAGAACAUUCUUGGUUUCGAUAGGGGCAACAACAGUCCAUUUCACAGACAAGGAAUGGCUUUGUGACUUUGGCUUCUUGGUGGAUAUUAUGGACCACCUUCGAGAACUCAGCGAACUAUUGAGAGUGAGUAAAGUCUUUGCUGCUGCUGCCUUUGACCAUAUUUGUACCUUUGAAGUGAAGCUGAAUUUACUUCAGAGACAUAUCGAGGAAAAAAAUCUAACACACUUUGCCGCCUUGAGCCAAGUUGUUGAUGAGCUUAAAGGGCAUAUUCAAGACGACGAAAAAAUACUCGAUCCUGGUAGGUAUCGAGUGGUGAUCUGUCGCCUACAAAAAGAGUUUGAGAGACAUUUCAAGGACCUCAAGUUCAUUAAAAAGGACUUAGAACUUUUUGCAAAUCCAUUUAGCUUUAAACCUGAAUAUGCACCUAUAUCAGUAAGGGUGGAGCUAACAAAACUUCAGGCAAAUAGUAACCUUUGGAACGAAUACAGAACCAAAGACUUAGGGCAGUUCUAUGCCGGAUUGUCUGCUGAAUCUUACCCGAUUAUCAAAGGGGUUGCCUGUAAGGUGGCAUCCUUGUUUGAUAGUAGCAAAAUCUGUGAAAAGGCUUUUUCAUAUUUGACUCGAAACCAACACACUUUGAGCCAGCCAUUGACAGACGAACACCUCCAUGCCCUGUUUCGGAUUGCCACCACUGAAAUAGAGCCGCAUUGGGAUGAUCUUGUGAGAGGAAGAAAUGAAUCAAAUCCAUAAACUUUUGUAGUACAACAUUGAAACACUCAACAAGAAUCCAAUUCUAAAAGCAAACAUCUGUUUGAUUUUCAAGUUUACUAAUUUUGGAUUGUGGGAAAGCACCACAUUCAUCCAAAUUGAUCACAAUUCAAAUUCUUCAGACAUUUUUUUUUUCCAUCUCAAGAGGCAGUAUGGGACUGAAACAUGCAGACACCUUUUUUUAAACUUAAUUUGAUGGCAAAGUCAUUAUCUUUUGCUUUUAUGAUAUAACUUUUUUUAAAGACAUUUAGUACUAAUAAUAUAAUUUCUGGCUCUUCUGGGAUUUUAAAGUAAGUAAAUUUAACAAAAUGUUAGAAGAAUGACUCAGUCAGCCCUUCUGGUCACUAGAUAUUCAGUUCACUUGCUUUCCUACCUGCAGAAUGUCCUCAUCACCUCCCCAAGGAAGGUAACCCGAAAGUGACAUCUGGUCAAUACGUACUUCUUAGAUUUGCUAUGUUUCUUUGCUUUCUUGUUCGCAUGCCUCUCUGAACUUACUUUCUGGGUAACGGGCUUUCAGGCUUUGUGGGAGAGCCAUACCCUUAGCCUCUUUUUCCCUGAGCCAUUUUUUUCCAGUUUAAGGGAUUAACCAGUGUUACACUCUUAGUUGGACUUUUAAUCUGAGGCCCAUUAACUAAUUCAGAGGUUUUAACAGUAGGUGUGAUAGUCAUCCAGUGAUUUGAUCCUUGCUGCAAAAGUGGGUUUUAGUCAACCUUUGGCGUAUAGGAUUUCUCGCUUUUAUCUCUUUGUAAUUGAGAAGUAGCUUUUUCCUACCCAGUAAGUACUUGAGUUUGUGAACUCUCUUUAUUCCCUUGCUUUUUUGCUUGCAAACUGAUUAAUUCUUUUCUGAGUUCAUCUCUUUCCUGUCUAUUUUGUCAGAUGGGGCCAAGAGCAACCAUAACAUAUUUUGUUUUCUUGUCUUUUUUUUUUUUUUUUUUUUUUUCCUUGAGUAAAGUAUAGAUUCUCUGCCUUCCAGGUUCUCUCUGGACAGUUUCAUCACUCGAUUAACAUGCAUCACCCCUGCAUAAGUUAUUUCUUCCAUCUUCCACUAGCAAUUUCCUGAAUGCCUGCCAACUAAGCCAAUGUUCAGUAUGCUAGGUUUUUCGAAAACAGAACCAAUUUCUGUAUCACAAUGGGCUAGGUUGCUGUGCGGUAACAACCCCCAAAUCCCAGCUUUUCUCUUGUAGGUUGGCUAGGGGCUUUGCUCUAAGUCAGGGAUUGAAGAACUAUGGCCAUGGGCAAAAUCUGUCCUGCUGCCUGUUUCUGUAAAUAAAGUUUUAUUGGAAAA